AUGUCAAACAAUAAUUCACCAAUCAAACCACCAUCAAUAACAUCAGUAUCAAAUGGUUCUUCACCAGUUAAACCUCCUCUGUCAGUAAGAUCAUCAGGAGUCAAUUCAUCUACAAAAGUUAUUGACAGUUUACAAUCAAAUAUAGAUAAAUUAACAGAUGAACUUACAAAAGUAAAACAAAGUAAUCAAGAAUUAAAACAUCAAAAACAAUUUUUAACAUCAAAAAAUGAGAGUUUUAUAGAUCAAGUAGCAAAUUUAAGACAUGAAAAUGAAAUGAAUUUAGCAAUGUUAAAAAGAAAAGAUCGGAGAAUUUUAGAUUUAGAAAAUUUGAAUAAUGACUUAACAAAUAAUAUUGAUAAUAUAAAUAUGAUAAAUAAACAAUUAAAAUUUAAAUAUGAAAAUUUAAAUUCAAAUAAUUUUAAAACUAUUGCAGAAUAUGAAAAUUUAAAAAUUUCUUAUGAUGUUUUAAAUUCAAGUCUUAAGGAAUAUAAAUUACAUUACAAGAAUGAAAUUAAUGAAAUCACUAAGAAGUUUAACGAUUACAAAAUUGAUAAUGCAAAGAAAUGGGAAAAUCUAUCAUCAACCAUUGAAUCAAAUGAUAAAGAUGUUGAUACAUUAUUAGAUGGAUUAAACAACAAAAAGAAAAUAAUGGAUAACAUAUAUGUAAACAAGAAUCAAAAAAUAUUAAAUAUUUUACAAAAUUUAAUAAUGUUAAAUUCCAAAAAUGCAACAGAAAAUAAACGAAUUUUAGACAACAAUUUGAUAAUUAUAGAUCAAUUAAUAGAAAAAUAUCCAAAUUUAUUAGAAUUAAUUAAACAGGAUGAUCAACCGCAAAUUGAUUUAAAUUCAAUUAUAAUUGAAUCAAAAAAUAUUUCAAAUUCAAUAGAGACAGAAGAAGAAAUUACGUUAAUAAAAUCACCAAAUUUUGAAAAUCAAAAAUUCUCGCAUAAUCAAAACUACAACAAAAGGAAAAAUUAUAGAAAUUCAUCAUCAUCAUAUAAUUCACAUUCAAGAACCUCAUCGGUGUCAUCACCAACUAUCCAAUCACAAAAUAAUACAAUAAAAGCACAAUCAAUAAAUCAUCAUAAUCACAAUUACCAUCACAACUCUAGUCAAAAUCAAAAUCAACAACAACCUAAAAUAAACAAUAAUUUAAUAAAUAUAAAUAAACAAAGAAAUAAAAUAGGAUCAUUUAAUAACAGCCCGGUCACAACUAACAGUUCACAAAACAGUUACAAAAGAAGGUCAUACGUAAACAACCCAAAUAAAUUUAAUAAUAAUAAUGGUGGUAAUAAUUCCAUAAAUGGGGAUCAAAAAAAUUCAUAUAAGAAUAAAAGAAAUUCACAAAUUUUUGAUACCUAA